GAGAGGCUUUACCAAUCCCAGCAACAGGUGCUGACUCUGGAAGCCGAAAAGGAGCAGAACGGCGCAGAACAGCUGCGGAUGAAUGCGCUGCUUUCCCAGCUCCAGGAAAAGCACGAGCAUUGCCAGAACGCGGAGGCAAAAUUGGAGGUGGAGAAGGAUGCGCGCGCUACCGAGAAGCUGCAGUCAAGUCAGUUGAUCCGUGACCUGGAGGAGGAGCUUGUCCUAUCCCUUAAACAGGUGAUGAACCUGGAAGCGGAAAAGGAGCAAAUCUGCGCAGAACAGCUGCGGAUGAAUGCGCUGCUUUCCCAGCUCCAGGAAAAGCACGAGCACGGCCAGAAUGCGGAGGCGAAUUUGAAGGUGGAGAAGGAAGCACGCGCUGCCGAGAAGCUGCAGUCAAGUCAGUUGAUCAGCGAACUGGAGGCGGGCCUUGACCUCUCCCUCAAACACGUUCGGAUGUUGAGAGCUGAGAAGGAGCAGAUCUGCGAAGAAAAGUUGCGGAUGAAUGCGGUGCUUUCCCAGCUCCAGGAGAAGCUGGAGGCUUGCCAUGUGGAGCUCCAGACCAAGAAGAUCAAGCCGCGUCUGGUGAAAGAGGUCGUCUGCCAUGUGGGCCUGGCGCCCCAUCCAGGGCAUGGCCAACAUGAGCCCUCAUUGCAAAAGGGAGAGGCACAGCACCGCGAGGCGCACUCAGCGGGUGAGCAUCCCCAGGCGGCAUGCGCGAAGCAAGAGGUGGCUGAGGUGGCUUCAAGUGAGCCAGAAGUUGGCCCAAAGUUGUCCUUGCGGGAGUCCGCUCAAGAGGAAGCCCAAAGGCCGCACGCAUCGGCCAAGAGUUCGCGCUCCAAACCCAAAGCGAAUCCAUCAGCCACCGGCAAUGAGAGCAGUGACAGGCCCACGUUGACUGAGCAAGUGUUGAAGCUUUACAUUGCCAAGCAUGGCGAUACGCCAACAAAACCAGGUCAGCUGGUAGCCUUUGGCAGCCACAAUGGCAUGCCCGUCAGUUUCAUAGACGCGCGAGAUCUGCUUGUACGCCUGCCGCAAACCGGCAAGCUUGUGCUUUUCUAG